GUAGGUACCUUACACAUAAUUAUUCAUAUUAUUUUAAUUUAUCAGUCAGAAACAUAAUAUAGUUGGAAGAGAACAAUAAUUUGAAACACGUUUAGUCGUAAAAUGGCCGUCAGGAAUGCGGCUGAUAUUUCAUUAUAAAUUUUAAUUUAUUUAUUUAACAAAAUAUCAUUCUAGUCAUAGAUUUAGUUUUAAACCCAGUGGUGGCCAUUGUUGCUUUAAAAAAUCCUGAAAUAUUAUGGUGAAUUGAAGAGAAUUUUACAAGAUCAUCAAGCAAAAAUGGCGUCGUCCUAUCUUAUACUAUUCAGUCUUCUUCUGGCCACUUCAGCCCACGUCCCAGCGCCGCGCUACAAGCUGAGAAAAGUGCUAAUAUUCAGCCGACACGCCAUACGAACACCCGUGGCCACUGCCCUGAACGAAAUCACACCCAAAUGCUGGCCUCAAUUCGAAGAGGAACCUGGCUAUUUGACAGCAAAGGGAGCGAUGGUCGAAGGCCAGAUGGGUGUCUUCUUCUCCGAAUGGCUUCAGAAAGAAGGGCUACUGACAGGGGAUUGUCCAGAUGAAAGCAUGUUUUAUGCUUACGCGAAUAUAAAGCAGAGAACGAAGGCUAGUGCUCGCGCCUUUGUCGAGCAUGCGUUCCCUGGUUGCAACGUGACUGUCCACCACAAAAAUAAGUAUCCAGAUCCUGUGUUCGCGCCGAUCUUACACAACACCUCCGAGGCUUUCAAGGAAGCAGCUGUGAUAUCUAUGAAGGGAAGACUCCACGCUUUAAAGUUGACUGAUGCGUUAAACGAUUUAUCCAGCAUUCUGGAUUUUAAUGACUCGAAGAAGUGCUUAGAGGAUCAUGAAUGUGAUUUUGCUCUAGAUAAGAACAAGAUCAGUAUCGAUAAAGACAAAACAUCAGUUAAGGGGCCUCUUAAAUACGGCAAUGAAGCUGUGGAUGCCUUCGUCAUGGCUUACUUCCAAGGGUUUCCGACGGAAGAAGUGGCGUGGGGGAGUAUGAGCUCGGAACGCUGGCGCGAGCUGAUCAGAAUCAUGAGAGGAUAUCACGACGUUGUCUUCAACGACACGGCAAUAGCAAAAGACAUAUCAAAGAAUCUAAUCCAAUACAUAAAGACGCGGCUCCUAAACAAGUCUUCAGCAGUCACGCUGCUCAUGGGUCACGAUGCGAACUUUUACACUUUCCUGCCGACUCUAGGCAUCAAGUAUUACGAGCUAAAGGACCAGCUCGAGAACAUUCCUCCAGGAGGGAAGAUUGUGUUCCAGAAAUGGUAUGACGUGAUUGAGGAAAAGGAGCUAUUGAAGAUCAACUUUGUGUACCAGUCCAGUCAUCAGCUAAGGAAAGGGUCUAAACUGAGUUUAGCGCAUCCGCCCCGCAGUAUUUUGUUGGAAAUAAACGGCUGUGAAGUGGACAGUAAAGGCUUCUGCCCGUGGGAGGAUUUCGCCAGGGCUUUGAAUGCCAUAGAGUUUAAUUCUUCAUGAUAUUAAAUGUUACAACACAA